UUACAAAUAUACAAUGGCACAGUAAGUCCUGUUUAAAAUCCAGCAGGUAUAGUAACAAGGGGUAGAUAUUUAUUGGCUUAGGUAUAGUCAAUGUGGCAAUAUCAGGUCAGCAGUAAGGUGCAUACCUAUACCUCUGUUUAUUGUAAGUUCAAAUCUAAGAUACUCAUCUCAGAGCAGGUCAGCAAGAGUAUGAGAGGCAACCGCCACAGAUUGCAGCAAGGGAGAUUCCAGUUGAAUAUAAGGGGGUGUGGGGGGAAUAAAUCACAAUGUGAACAAGCAAGCAUCAGAACAGGCACAUGGACAGGUUGUAUAUGUAAUCUUUUUCCUCAAAGACAUCGAAACUUCCACUGGAUAAGGGCCUGAGCAACCUGACCUAACUUUGAAAUUACCUUAGGUGGGAUCGGGUGGCUGGCCCAGAUGACAUUCCACCAGAAAUCCCUUCCAACCUAAAUUAUUCUGUGAUGAGGGGCGCCUAUUUCUAAACCAUAUGAACAAAGCAGUGUUCAACACAUGUUAGUGAGCAGAUGCACGAUGGACAGCACAGACAGACUGCCACAAGAGGGAGGAAAUAACUGGUUUUGAGAACUGCACAACACAAGGCUUGUGGUUUCCUGGGUGGGUGGCAGCUGAGCUGAAAGCUCUCUGGCAGACCUUGUGUCUUUGAAAGGGGAAAUCUCCAACUGUUUGUUAACUGUGAAGUCUGUGAUAUGUGAGUUAAAGAAACAGAGGACGUUUCUUGGUUGCUGCCCUGACGCCAGGAGGAUCUGGUGCCAAGCUUUAGCGGUUGCAUCCAACACAGUGAUAUGUGGAUUUCGACUUCACUGCAUUUUCCUAAGAAGAAUUCACCCCAGCUGUAUCAGAAGGAGAGGCACUUCAGCUCUGGCUAUACUAUUAAGCCUGCAGCUUCCACAGACAGGAAAUUCUGCUGUUUCAUUGUCAUCAGCAAGUAAUUGUGGUACCUCUUUGCUUUAGCAAACUGGAAAAUGGAAAUGAAGAGAAAUACAACAAAGUUGCUGUGGCUGUUGACGUUCUUCUCUGAUAUUGUGCCAUUCAGCUAUGAAAGCCAUUCAGCCUUCUCGAUGAGAGAGCAAGCUAUUGAGCUAAUGCAAGAAGCUCGUUUAAUUGAUGGCCACAAUGACUUUGUACUGCGGCUGAGAAUACUUUACCAAAAUAAGCUCAGUAGAGUCAACUUAAGAGAACUCAACAAGACCCACACAAACCUUGUGAAACUUCAGGCUGGUUAUGUGGGAGCUCAGUUUUGGUCAGUGUAUGUUCUUUGCAGCGCUCAGAACAAGGAUGCUGUGCGUCUGACCUUAGAGCAAAUUGAUGUUGUCAAGAGGAUGUGUAACAACUACGAAGAGCUGGAGCUUGUGACAACUUCCCAAGGAAUCUCUGACAGUAGAAGGAUUGCGUGUCUGAUUGGAAUAGAAGGUGGUCACUCCAUUGACAGCAGUUUGGCAACACUGAGGAUGUAUUAUGACCUGGGUGUUCGUUACAUGACUUUAACACAUACCUGCAAUACACCUUGGUCUGAAUCGUCAUCCAAAGGAAUACACAACUUUUAUCCUAGUGUUACUGGUCUGACUGCAUUUGGCCAAGAAGUGGUAAAGGAGAUGAAUCGCCUGGGCAUGCUGAUAGAUUUAUCUCAUACUUCAUAUUCCACAGCAAAAGCUGCACUGAGUAUCUCAAAAGCACCAGUAAUUUUCAGCCAUGCUUCAGCAUUUUCUGUUUGUAAUCACUCAAGAAAUGUUCCAGAUGAUAUCCUCCAGCAACUGAAAAAGAACAAGGGAAUUAUCAUGGUGACUUUCAAUGCAGAUAUACUGGCCUGUGGCAGAAAAGUUGUUAAUGUUUCUACCGUUGCAGAUCAUUUUGACCACAUAAAGAAAAUUGCAGGUUCAGAAUCGAUAGGAAUUGGUGGUGACUAUGAUGGAGUGGAACGUUUCCCUGAGGGUUUGGAAGAUGUUUCUAAAUACCCUUCUUUGAUUGAGGAACUUCUUAGAAGAGGAUGGAGUGAAACUGAACUGAAAGGGGUCUUAAGGGAGAACUUUCUCCGUGUCUUCAGGGAAGUGGAAAAUGUGCGGAACCUUAGUAAACUAAUGGAUGUAGGUGAAAGUGAAAUCCUGCAAGAAGAAGUACAAAAUUCCUGUCGCCUAGAUCUACAUAAUUAUCGGUUUCAGACAGCUAAGUCUUUUGGAUUGCCUUCUGUGGCACAACCUUUUAGUCUGACACUUGUAAUUGUAUCAUAUUUAAUACUGAAUUAUGAAUCAUAAGAUCUAUGGUGUCUACAGAGAGCUAUAUAGAGCAAUCUGCAAUGCAACUGGUUACCUUUUUUGGGUUUUGUUAAUGUAAAGCUAUGCUGACUUUUUUGUGUAUUUCUAUAAAUUCACCUGCAUACUUGAAAGUUAAUGUAGAUUUUAAAUGUUGUAGCAAAAACAUUUGGAAUUUGAAGUGAUAAAUUCUGUGUCAUCUUGGCUAAACCAGGACCAAUAUUGUUAAUGGAAAGUAAUCACAUCUAAUGAAUAAAUUCUGUAAUGCGUGACACAUGGUUUUGGUACCCAUACUGUGGCACUUGAUAUAAAUACUGAAUCCAGAAUCAGCAGUUCCACACAAGAACUAGAGAAUAUGAUUAAGACAUGUGUGCUAAGAUGUUUUCAGAUAUUACUUCUUGUAAAAUCAUACAGCUUUCAUCAUCAGUCAAUGGCUUAAUCAGACAAGACCACCCCCCUGGUACAUGUAGAAGAGUGGUUUUUUGGUUUCGUUUUGUUUUUUUUUUUUUUUCUUUUUUAAGAUGACAAGAUGGAUGACACUGCUACUUCUAUUUGGAUUUCAUCCCUACCACUAGCUUUAGGGAUCCAUCCUGCAGCACUAAACUCUUAUUUUUGAAGCCUGACCAGGACAGUGGGCAACUGGAGAGUUAUUGAAGGGUGGAGGUAGGUGUUUUGCAUUCAGGUACAGGUGAGCAGGCAAUGUUGUAGAUACUUUUCUGUAAUUUGGGAACUUCUAUUUGCUGCAUGUUCAUGAAGCUAGGAGCAAGAAUAAGGUAGGACCAAGCAGGAAUUCUGGCUAGUCAGAGUGUGAAAUCUUGUUCUGAUAUUUUUAUUGCAGUCUGAAGAGUAUAAAAUCAGUAUUUAAAUAAAAUUUUUGUUAGAAUGUUCCACAGCUUUGUGGAAAUAUUUCCAUAUUUUUUAAAAAAUAUCCUUGUCAAUAUGAGGUUUUAUUAUUUUAUUUUUGUUCUAGCUGGCUAAUAUCAGACCAUUGC